AUGGCUGCUCACGUACGCGUCGGCGUCGGCUGCUUCCUGUUCAACUCGAAGCUCGAGUUCGUGACCGGUGUGCGCAAGGGGAGCCACGGUGCAGGCGCGAUCCAGCUUCCAGGCGGGCACCUCGAGAUGGGCGAGUCGCCCGAAGCGUGUGCCGUGCGCGAGGUCGCAGAGGAGACGGGCCUCGUCGUGCGAGAGGACGACGUGCGCUUCCUCACGGCGACAAACGACGUCUUUGCGGCCGAGCGGAAGCACUACGUGACCCUCUUUGUCGCCUGUCGGGUGGACGACGUCAAGCCCGAGGUUCUCGAGCCGGACAAAUGCGAGCGGUGGGAAUGGUGCAGCUGGGAGCACUUGAAGGAGCUCGCGCUCGACCCGGACACCAACUUGUUCCUCCCUUUGCGCAACCUGAUCCUGCAGCGGCCAGAGCUGGACCCUCGAGCCGUCUUUGCAACGCCGACGUGACCGCAACGGG